CCUUUUCACUACCACUGGAAAUCCUAUCUCGCCUACCAACACAACUUCACUGACCUUGACGGUCCGGUGUGAUCGUCACGGGACACACAGUAUGAGUAAAGUCUGAGCCCCCGACGUGUUAACUAACACCUUUUCACUGGAGCCUCCACCUCGCCUACCAACACAACUUUGUACCGUGGUCCGGUGGGAUCGUCACGGGACACACACAGUACGAGUAAAGUCUGAUCACUUGUCCUGCAGACAGCGACGUGUACACACCUUUUCUCCUUAGCUCCCACCUCGCCAGCCAACCAUGAAGACUGUGGCGGUGUUCCUGAUGUGCCUGGCCGGUACCUGGGCCCACAUGUGCAUGAUCAGCCCUCCUCAGAGGGGGUCCAUGAUGGGAAUAAACAAAGCAGGAGCGGAUGACUGCGCCCUGGUGACCGGCCCGUGUGGCGGGAGGAUGCCGAUGCCUCAUACCGGCAUCGCUCUCAUGGCAGGGGAGAACUUCACGGUGACCCUCCAGAAGAACCUGGAUCACUGGACCUCCUCUUCACCGGGAAUGUUCACCAUCAACAUGCGGGAGGGGGAAGAGGGGGAGUUUAAGCAGUUGGCGAUGAUCAAAGACAUGGGUGAACCGUCCCUGACUCUCUACUCCACCAACAUCACUGUCCCACAUCCCAUGGGACAUGGCAUGGCGACCCUCCAGGCUGUGUACGUCACCAAGAACCCCCAGGCUCCCGCCAUGUUCUAUGAGUGCGCUGAUGUCCACAUCAUGCCCAGGCCAUAGUCCAACAUGGUCAAGAGAAUGCAAUAACAACAGAAGGAAAAAAGCAUAUUGAUUGCUCUAUAUUUCGCAUUGAUGUUAUAAGAGUAAGCGCUGUAGAUGAUGCCACAAAUCAUCCAUGAAUUAAUUUGAAAGUUCAUCUGUUUUAGUAAAAGUCAUUCUGGAUCAGAACAGAAAUGUUACUUCCAACGCAGAAAUUGGACUCCUCAACUUUUCGACUGACUAGCUCCAGUCCGUUUCAAAGCAAGCCACCACGUCUGUGACGCCACGCUAUGCAGAUAGAACACGUAACUAGUUGAGCAGUUUAUCAUGCAAAAAAUCCAUGCCCCCCCCCCCUGUAUGUAUGUAUUCCAUGAUUUAUCACUGAUAUUGUCAAACUUUUUUGUGUGCAGAAUUGUAAUAAACUGCUGAUCACGAGCAAAU